AUGCCUAUUCCACAAGAAGCUAUCGACAACGUCCUUAGCCAAGUGCUACCUCACAUUAAUCACCAUGUUGAGUGUCAGAGAUUAUCAUCUCUCAAAAUACCUUUCAUCUUGGCCCUCACUGGUCUUCAGGGAAGCGGAAAGUCUACAUGGACAGAUGCGCUGGUCAAAGCACUGAAAAGCCAAAAUCAUACAACGAUCAAUCUCUCGCUGGACGAUCUAUAUCUCGACCAUGAUGAUCUAGUCAAGCUGCGCACACUCAACCCUUCCAACAAACUUGUCCAAGCACGAGGACAGCCAGGCACACAUGACAUGGCUCUUGCGCGCUCUUUCUUUGAAAGCUUGAACAGUGGCCGCGAUGUAUUGAUACCUUCUUUUGACAAAAGCAAGUUCAAUGGAGAGGGUGGAAGAUCACCUAUCGAGACGUGGGAACGUAUUCCAUCAGACAUCACCAUUGAUGUUGUUGUAUUUGAAGGCUGGUGUGUUGGAUUCCAGCCACUGGAAGAGCUCGAUAUUCGAAAGAAGUGGGAGAAUAGUGUCCAAGGUGACUCUACAGGUGUAUAUCCGACAGAGACUUUGAAAGACCACGCGAUCGAGCAUUUGCUGCAAGCCAACACCAAGCUACGCAGCUACUGCGACCUUUUCAUGGGACCGCAGCAUUUGGAUUUCAUCGUUCACUUGGAUACGGAUGACCUGGUCAAUGUAUACCAGUGGAGAAUUCAGCAGGAGCAUGCUCUUCGUCAGCGGGCCAAUGAGAGCAUGUCAGAUGAAGAGGUCAUUCGGUUUGUGAAAGGAUACAUGCCCGCAUAUGAAUUGUAUCUGGAUCAGCUGAGACGUGGGUUUUUCGAUGCCACUUCUUCCGAUACUGGGAAGGGCCAGUUGCGAGUUGUUUUGAAUCAAACUAGAAAGGUAGUCGAGACUGCGCUGUAUCCCUGA